AUGCCUGAUCUCUUUCAAGAUACGCUUUUUGGCAUCAUCUGUCGCAACAUCUCACGAGGACGGCUUUUCGCUUAUCAAGACGACCGGGACGAAGAUUUGAGGCGGAGAUACCUCCAAGCAUCGAAGGAGAAUGAGAAGGAAUUGGAAGAUAGCAAGCCCCGAGACUUCAUCCUCAUCGAAUAUCUCGACGACGAUCCAGAGAAUCCGCGGAAUUGGUCAAUAUCCAAAAAAUGUUUCGUGGCAUUCCAGAUAUGUCUCCUAACUUUCUCCAUCUACGCGGGAUCUGCGAUCUACUCCUCGGGGUUGGCAGGCGUGUCGGAGCACUUUCACGUUAGUCAGACCGUCGCAAUUCUUGGCCUGACGCUCUAUGUACUUGGUUAUGGCUGCGGACCGAUGGUGUGGGCGCCGCUGUCGGAAAUUCCCAUGAUUGGAAGAAUACUGGCAACCGGCGGCGCUUCUCUUGCAGACAUGUUCCAAGCAUCCAAACGCGCGUACGCAAUGGCGGCUUACGGCCUGGCCAACGUCUGCGGACCUACCAUAGGGCCAGUUAUUGGGAAUUGGGCUGCUGAAUUCAAAGGAUGGAGAUGGCCCAUCUGGGAAUUAAUGUGGAUGUCGGGCUUUGCGCUGGUCUUCCUCAGUUUCUUCCUGCCAGAGACGUCCGCGGACAACAUCAUCUACAGACGGACGGCACGGCUACGAAAACACCAACCCGAAGGUGGAGCGAUCUUGAAGUGUGAACCUGAGAUCAUCGGCGAGCAGAUGCAGGUGAAAGAUAUGGUCAACAUGACGCUGGUCAGGCCAUUUACUCUGAUGCUUUAUGAGCCGAUCGUUCUCUCGCUCAACCUCUACAUCGCUCUGAUCUACGCCGUUCUCUACUGCUGGCUCGAGUCUCUUCCCAUCGCCUUUAUGGAAUUGCGUGGAUUCAGUCAAGGCAUAACCGGUCUUUGCUACCUCGGCUUGACCAUUGGGGGUCUACUGGUCAUGCCGCCAUUCGUGUACUACAAUUACUACUACGUCGAGCCGCGAUUUAACAAGAAUGGCGAUCUAAAGCCGGAGAUACGCUUGGAGACGGCUCUUGUAGGGUGCUUCUGCCUGCCGAUAUGCUUGUUCUUCUUUGGGUGGACAGCGCAAUAUCCGAGUGUGCUGUGGAUAGCACCGGUCAUUGCGACUGGGAUCUUUACGAUCGGGGCCUUUCUCUCGUUCUCGGCCGUCCUGAACUAUCUCGGAGACGCGUAUCCUACCAACUUCGCUUCGAUUUCAGCGGGUAACGACUUUAUGCGGUCCUGCUUUGGUGCAGCCUUCCCGCUGUUCGCCACGCAGAUGUUUCAUAAAUUGGGCGUCAACUGGGGCAACAGUCUGCUCGGGUUUCUGGCUAUCUUGUUCAUUCCGAUCAUCUUUUACAUUUGGUGGAACGGGGAGAAGAUCAGAAUGGGAAGUAAGAACGCGAGGCAUGACAUUUGA